AUGCUCAUGCGCUCUCUCACGCGCUCUCACGCGCUCUCUCACGCGCUCUCUCACGCGCUCUCUCACGCGCUCCCUCACGCGCUCUCUCACGUGCUCCCUCACGCGCUCCCUCACGCGCUCCCUCACGCGCUACUUCAGAGGCACCUAAACGCGCACACUCACGCACAAUCUCACGCUCACUCUCACGCGCUCUCUCAAACGCUCUCUCACGAGUCUCUCAAGUCGCUCGCGCGCACUCUCAUGCGUACUCUCAAGCACACUCUCACGCGCACUCUCACGCACACUCUCUCGCGCACUCUCUCUCUCACGAGCUCUCUCACGCGCUCUCUCACACGCACUCUCACGCGCACACUCACGAUCUCUCACGCGCUCUCUCAUACGCGCUCUCUCAUACGCACCCUCACGCGCUCUCUCACACGCUCUCACACGCACUCUCUCGCGCACUCUCUCACGCCCUCUCUCACGCACUCUCUCACGCGCUCUCUCACGCGCACUCUCACGCGCACUCUCACGCGCUCUCUCAUGCGCACUCUUAGGCACACUCUCACGCGCUCUCUCUCGCGCACUCUCACGCGCAUUCUCUCUCUCACGCGCUCUCUCACGCGCUCUCUCACGCGCACUCUCACGCGUACUCUCACGCUCUCUCACGCACUCUCUCAUAAGCAACCUCACGCGCGCUCUCGCACACUCUCUCUCAUGCACUCUCUCACGCGCUCCCUCACGCGCUCUCUCAUGCGCUCUCACGCGCUCUCUCACGCGCUCUCUCAUGCGCACACUCACGCUCUCUCUCACGCGCUCUCUCGCGCGCUCUCUCACGCGCUCUCUCACGCGCACUCUCACACGCUCUCUCACGUGCUCUCUCUCGCGCUCUCUCUCACGCUCUCUCACGCACUCUCUCAUACGCAACCUCACGCGCGCUCUCUCACACUCUCUCUCAUGCGCUCUCUCACGCGCUCCCUCACGCGCUCUCUCACGCGCUCUCACGCGCUCUCUCACGCGCUCUCUCAUGCGCACACUCACGCGCUCUCUCACGCGCUCUUUCACGCGCUCUCUCAUGCACACCCUCACGCGCUCACUCACGCGCUCUCAUGCGCACUCUCAUGCGCUCUCUCACGCGCUCUCUCACGCGCUCUCUCACGCGCUCUCUCACGCGCUCUCUCACGCGCUCUCUCACGCGCACUCUCACGCGCUCUCUCACGUGCUCUCUCUCGCGCUCUCUCUCGCGCUCUCUCACGCACUCUCUCAUACGCAACCUCACGCGCGCUCUCUCACACUCUCUCUCAUGCGCUCUCUCACGCGCUCCCUCACGCGCUCUCUCACGCGCUCUCACGCGCUCUCUCACGCGCUCUCUCAUGCGCACACUCACGCGCUCUCUCACGCGCUCUCUCACACGCUCUCUCAUGCACACCCUCACGCGCUCACUCACGCGCUCUCAUGCGCACUCUCAUGCGCUCUCUCACGCGCUCUCUCACGCGCUCUCUCACGCUCUCUCUCGCGCACUCUCUCACGCUCUCUCUCGCGCACUCUCUCGCGCACUAUCUCGUGCGCACUCUCACACGCACUCUCACGUGCACUCUCGCGCACACUCACGUGCACUCUCACGCGCUCUCUCACACGCACUCUCACGCGCACUCUCACACGCACUCUCACGUGCACUCUCACGCACGCUCUCACGCGCUCUCACGCACCCUCUCACGCGCUCUCUCACGCGCUCUCUCACGCGCUCUCUCACGAGUCUCUCAAGUCGCUCGCGCGCACUCUCACGCGCACUCUCAUGAGCACUCUCACGAGCACUCUCACGCACACUCUCACGCGCACUCACACGCGCACUCUCACGCGCACUCUCACGCGCACUCUCACGUGCUCUCUCACGCGCGCUCUCACACGCUCUCACGCACUCUCUCACGCGCUCCCUCACGCGCUCUCUCACGCGCACUCUCACGGGCACUCUCACACGCUCUCUCACGCGCACUCUCACGCGCUCUCUCACGCGCUCUCUCUCGCGCUCUCUCUCAUGCACUCACGCACAUUCUCACUCUCACGCGCUCUCUCACGCGCUCUCUCACGUGCUCUCUCUCACGCGCUCUCUCACGCUCUCUCUCACGCGCUUUCUCACGCGCUCUCUCGUGCGCACUCUCAUGCGCACUCUCACGCGCACUCUCACACGCACUCUCACGCGCACUCUCACGCGCACUCCCACGCGCACUCUCACGCGCUCUCUCACGCGCUCUCUCGCGCUCUCUCACGCUCUCUCUCGCGCACUCUUUCACGCACUCUUUCGCGCGCUCUCUCACGCGCACUCUCACGCGCACUCUCACGCGCUCUCUCACGCGCACUCUCACGCAAACUCUCAAACGUACUCUCCCGAGCACUCUCACGCGCCCUCUCUCUCUCACGAGCUCUCUCACGCACUCUCUCACGCGCUUUCACGUGCUCUCUCUCACGAGCUCUCUCACGCGCUCUCUCACGCGCUCUCUCACGCGCUCUCAUGCGCUCUCUCACGCGCUCUCUCAUGUGCACACUCACGCGCUCUCUCACGCGCUCUCUCACGCGCUCUCUCACGCGCUCUCUCACGCGCUCUCUCACGCGCUCCCUCACGCGCUCUCUCACGCGCUCUCUCACGCACUCUCUCACGCGCUCUCUCACGCGCUCUAUUACGCGCUCUCUCACACGCUCUCUCACACGCACUCUCUCAAGCUGUCUCACGCACUCUCUCAUACGCAACCUCACGCGCGCUCUCUCACACUCUCUCUCAUGCGCUCUCUCACGCGCUCCCUCACGUGCUCUCUCAUGCGCUCUCACGCGCUCUCUCACGCGUUCUCUCAUGCGCACACUCACGCGCUCCCUCACGCGCUCUCUCACGCGCUCUCUCAUGCACACCGUCACGCGCUCCCUCACGCGCUCUCAUGCGCACCCUCAUGCGCUCUCUCACCGCUCUCUCACGCGUUCUCUCCUGCGCGUUCGCUCGCGUGCACACGCCCUCCCUCGCGCUCCGUCUCUCCCCUUCUUCAAAUGAAAGUGCAAUGCAAGAGGAGACCAACCAAUUGA